AGAAAUUCAGGCCCAAGUGUACGCUUGAAGCGAGCGGCCGGAGACAGCGAUGACAGGGUACACCCGCGGCGCUCUUGAGAGAAUAUUCUCUGGCGCGACCCACGACACGUUCAAACCUGUCUUGGAGGUCCGCAACAUUCAGGGGCUGGCCGAUCGGACGUUCAUCUCCGUCUCCGACGGCGUUCAUGUGGUGAAGACCCUUCUUUUCGAUCGCGGCCUGGUGCAGCAGAUCUCCAUGAACGCGCUGCUCCGCCUGACGAACUACGCGCUGCAGGACAUGGGCAACAAAACGUUCCUCGUCGUGAACGCGGCCGAGACCAACCUCGGCUUCCUGCCAGAGCACGAGCGAGUUCCAGCGCAGUCUCUCCAGAAGCUGUACCACCGCGUGGGCGGAGACUGUGGCCCAGUUGGCAGACUCCGGCCUGCUGACGCAGCCGUCCGCCGCGUUUGCUCCGCAGCGCCAGGCCCCAGCCCCUUACGGCAGCGUCGAGACGCCGGAGAAGCGAACAGGAGACCGGCGCCCCAGGGUGUCGAGCGGACGCCAGAGCCGCUCUUCGACCCGGGCUCCGCGCGGGGCUUCGACCGCCAGGCGCCCGCCGAGGCCUGCCAGGCAGGCGCCGGCCCCGCGGCGCCGCAGGCCCUGCGGCGGCCCUGGGAGCCAGUGCAGCAGGA